AAGCAGUUUUGGUAAAAAUUUUGAAAUUGAAAGGUGGAGAAGCAAUUUUUUAAUUUGUCAGUCAUUUGUCAAUCAUAAUCCUGUCAAAGAAAAUUUUGAAAGAAUUCAAAUCACCCGUCACUGGUUUACAAUGUUUGCAAGACAGUUCAUUCGAUUCGCCAGUUACGACGCGACCCGAAAAAAUCUAAAACUUUCAAAAGCCUCUAAGGUCAUAUGCCAAGGCUUCACGGGCAAGCAAGCAACAUUUCAUUGCGAACGUGCCCUCGAAUACGGAACUCUCCUCGUCGGAGGUGUAACUCCCGGCAAAGGAAACAAGAAACAUUUAGGACUUCCGGUCUUCAACACGGUUAAAGAAGCCCGAGACGCCUUAAAACCCGACGUUAGUAUAAUCUAUGUCCCUCCAUUUGCCGCUACUAAAGCCCUGCAUGAAGCCCUAGAGGCGGAAAUCCCCCUAAUCGUGUGCAUAACUGAAGGUAUACCCCAACACGACAUGGUCAAAUUCCGCUACAGAUUAUCCCGUCAAGACAAAUCCAGAUUAGUCGGCCCAAACUGUCCCGGAAUCAUCGCCCCUGAGCAAUGCAAAGUGGGAAUAAUGCCCGCAAUGAUCCACAAAAGGGGAUGCAUUGGGAUUGUAUCCAGAUCUGGGACUUUAACCUACGAAGCUGUGAAUCAAACGACCAAACAUGGGCUAGGCCAGACCCUAGUUGUGGGGAUUGGGGGCGACCCAUACAACGGGACGAAUUUCAUCGACUGUCUUGACAUUUUCCUCAAAGAUCCCGAAACGAAAGGAAUUAUUUUAAUUGGUGAAAUUGGUGGAGUCGCCGAAGAAGAAGCUGCGGAAUUUUUGAUGAAGAAUAAUACCGGAGAAAAGAGAAAACCGGUGGUUAGUUACAUUGCAGGGCUUUCGGCACCUCCAGGCCGGAGAAUGGGACAUGCCGGUGCCAUUAUUUCGGGGGGGAAAGGAGGAGCUCCCGAAAAAAUGGAGGCUUUGAGAAAGGCAGGGGUUAUUAUUGCAAAGUCGCCGGCGUUGAUGGGGGAUCAUCUGAAGACUGAAAUGGUGAAAAGGAAAUUGGUUUAAAAGUUUUAAUCUAAAGUUACUUGUCAUAAGAAAUGUUUUAAGAAAUGAGAAAAUAAAUAAAAAAUCGAUCAAAACCACAAAUCAAAAU